UUGAGGGAAGGUCGCAUCCGCCUUUGGAUCCAGCUACGUUUCGCCACCACAUCGCUGCUAUUUUGGGAGGCGUUUGUUGUUUCUUACCAGCUUCCCAAAUGAAACGGUAAAUUAGUGCCAUUUGAUACAAACUUUGAAAGAAAGAAAGCACUGGGUUUCCAGUUCAGUAUGGAUUUGGCUACAUUUCAUCCCUUUUUCCUAUUUGUCGGCGUGUUUCAAGCGGUGGUGGCCCACGUGGAGCCGCCGAUCAACGCGACCUUGCACUGCCACAAUCUGCACAACGUUCUGAAGUGGAGUUACGACCAGCUCUCGCCAGGGCUUAGAUUCCGAAUUAAUAUUUCCGCAGUAUUAAGUUUAAAUGGUGCUCCUAAUGUUGUUUGGGUGGACCCACCAGCGGAGCCACCGGCGGAACAACAAGUCGACUUGUCAUUUCUCUCUGAUCCAAGUAAUGAGUACCUUGUUACCGUAACUGCCGUAAUGGGACAGAAUGAAUCUAUUUCCGCCCCUCAAGAUGGAAUCAUUUUCAGCUAUUUCAAGGACUCAACGGAGGGUCUGAAAUGUUUUGUGGACUUCCCACCAGUAAACGUCACUGCCCAACCGGGUGACACUGUCCUGGUCCGCUUCACGCAUCCCUGGCUGGUGUACCGGCAUAAGUUGCAGAAGAGUAAAAAUACCAAUCCUAGGUCUAGGAGAAGCAGUGAUGCACCGCUACCUGUAUUUCAUUAUGAUGUCAUGACCACGAACCAGCAGCACUACAGGUGGAAGUGUGUGGAGAGAGUGUGUGAGGAGAAGCUUCCAGUGGAUUCUGCACAGAAGAAACACUGUCUGACGAUGAGCGGAGAGCUGAAGAAAAUUUUAGUUCAAGGGACACAAGAGUACUGCGUCCAUCCAGUAGAAGAAUCCCCAAGCUAUAUCGUCCAUAUCUGCAUCGUGGGCAUCCUGUUGUUGGGGAGUGCAGUUGCUUUUGUCAUCUUCAUGGUGUACCGAAAAAAGACCAUGCCUUUAACUUCUCUUCCAAACUCUAUGACCUUCAAGAGUAAAGUGAAGCAGUGGACCGUGGGACUGGUUCAAGAGACGGUCUCUGUGCCAGAAGUGGAAGCUACCUCACCGACACCUUUACUGCUAACAGAAGAAAAUGAAUUCACAGCUACUGUCACCUCCACUACUGAGCCUGAACUGCGUCUGCCCAUCGGCGUGUCGACCGAGGAUGAACGUGUGUCUGAUGAGGUGGAGGUAGGGAAUGAUGAAGGACCUGGGUACAUGCAAGGCAGUAACUUUGAUGAAGAUGAAGCCCCCUCUGGUUAUGAGAGUCGUCCGGUGUUGGUUGAGUUUGCACCAGGUGAACUGGCCGAGGGCUACCGUGGCUGAAGGUGGAACUUGUACUAUCUGAACGUUGGCGCAAAUUAAAUGUUUGACAUUAGAAAAAUAGAGGCACUCUCCUGGAAUCCUGCAACCGCUUGUCAUUAAAACGGAAAACUAUGAAAAUCUAAAUCUCAACAGCGACUUAAAGUCGUCGUUGCAAAUUUCAGUUGGUUCGGUUUCUGUUAUUUCCUUGUCAGACCAUCUCAAUGCCAAGUGAAAAGAGAAUCGGGAAUGUGAUUCUUGUUAAUGCACCUUGACGUCACUUACAUUUUACUUUGUGUUUAGAUUCAUGUCAAGCCUUUGGGGAAAAUAUUCCUGCAAAGCAAUUACAACUAGAGUUGCAUUAGUUAAGCGGCCUUACAGUUGUAAGAUAAAAUAAAUCAAAGUAUUUGCCAAAUCGGAUCAGUCACCAGAAUGUUAGCAGUGUAGUAAUGUUUUCCGUCUAUUAAGUGCUUAAUUUCUGAUGUUUGUGUUUCAGUUGUUCGCAGCCUGUGAUUGAUUCUUCUGCUUUCACAAACGUUGCAUGCCUAACAGUGCUGAACAUGUUUGUUAAGCACCUCAUAUAUAACGUGAUUGAUUAUUUUACAGUACAGUACAUUCAUGUUACAGACACUUUGGUCUAAAGUGACUUAAAAUAGGUGCAUUCCCCCUCAACAAGAAUGAGAACUUUGUAUCCCAUCAACAAGUUGUCAUGCUAUGGGGUUAUUACUACAGGACUCUCAACUGUUGAACUGAUACUUCACUUGUUACUGUGUUCUAUAUCCUGUAACGUAUAUUGAAAUACUAACCAUACUGUUACAUAAAAAUCUGUUCAUUAAAAUCAUACAUUUACAUCAAUGUGCAACUGUUGCAUGCCUGUAGGCAUCAACAUAUUUCAGCUACUAAACUGAAUGGUCAUAAUGUAUUCACUAUGGAAUAAUUACCGCCGAUUUCCCUUUUGCUUAUUUGCAUUUUUUUCUACUUGCUCGGAGCACCUUAAAGUCGCAGUGAAAUAGAACUUAACUUUUAUAAUGUGACUUAAUUCUGUGUGAAAUGGAAUAUUUGGGCGGGAAUAGUUGAUCAAGUCUUUCAGAGUCGAUUGGAUCCUUUUAAAAACCGGAGUGUGGCUUAGCGAAUACAGAACAACCCAAAUCUGUAGAGAAAUGUUUGCCUCCUCCUUCCCCCUCCCUGAUUUGCUGGUAGAUCUGGAGGAGGAGAACGAUGGAGAAAUGAAUACAUUAUUUAUUCACGAAAAGCCAAACACGCACGCUCCCAUAUAAAAUCACUCCGCUAGCUGCUACAGCCCACAAGCCAACAUCCAAGUGUGGUUUUAAAGGAUGGUUGGAAGGAGGAAGGUUGGCUGUUGCCCUAAAGUACAUUGGUUUAGAUAAAUGUAUAGACACCCACGAGUUCAAGAUGAGUUGUCAAAAAUUUGUGUUUUGACAUUUAUUUGGCAAAUAAGAGAUAAUUGAACAGUUAAUGCAGGGGGAAACAGGCCUAGAAAAUGUAUUAGGACUCAAAUGCAUUUAUGCAGUAACUGCAAUUAAUACGUUUUCUCAAGUAAUGAGUGGCGAUCUUGCACAGGAGGAUAAAGUGAUUUUGUAUUGUGCAUUAUCUCCGUACUUAUAUACUUAUUUGUUCUGUUGCUUUUUAUUGUUUUGUAAUAAACUCACAGAUGUUAAGUCAAUGCGAGGUAUCUCAGAAGGUUGAUAUGAUUAUACUCAGUGCUGAACAUAUGAAAACAGUGUCUGGCUGAAGUGAACCACAUUUUUUUAAGUGAUGCUGACAAUGAAAAAGAAAAAAAAAAUGGUGCUUUUAUUUGUGCAAACAUUUUUUGUCCCGCAAUUUCAAAUGGGAAAGGACCGCUAUAAUUACCAGAGUGAUUGAUUGGAUGUAAUGAUGUUUGGAUGUGUUGUUAGCACUAUUUUGGAUGAGGGCCCAGCUAAUUAAACUCAAGCACUUGAUUCUCUAA